UUCUUCUUCUUCUUUUGGGUGAAUUCAAGAUGCCGGAGUGAGCUGUUGGAAACUUGGCAGGUCUGAUAAAACGGUGGGUUUUAAAUGUCCUGAGAAGUAAUUCUCUGAUAAACAGUUAUUCUGAACGAAACUGAAAGGAAAGCGGAACCCCUGGAACAUAGUUUUUGAAGAGUUAUUGGACAGAUAAAGUAGCAAACCGACCAUGACUGCAACCUCGCGGCAAUGAAAGAAGCAUUUGUGGACGAAGACAUAGAGGAGAUGGAGCAUCAACAGAUAGCAGCAAGACCUACUGGUGAUCACAUUCCAACAAGAAACCCCAAUUAAAAAAAACUGAAAAAUAAAGCUACCGGGAGACAGGUGAGCAAUGAAAAUAUCUAUGAAGCCCUGCUGGCCUUUACAGAAAGAUUUGAAGAAAGAUUUGAUCUGCUAGACAAAAAUCUGAACGCUUUUGAUCUUAGGAUAGAGGCAAAUACAAAGGCAGCUGAAGAAAACAAAAAGGAAACAGACAAGCUCAAAACAAAGAUGGAGGCUUUAACGAAGGAAAACAAAACUGAAGGAAAUAUGUCUGGAAAACUCAAGAUACCGAAGAAGAUGAGACCUCAGACUACUUGACCUGGUAUAAAAAGAGGAUGAAAAUACACGGGAGAGAGUGAUUGGCAUCCUGACGAGAGUGAUUCCUGUGUCAGUGGAAAAGCUGCAGCUCAUGGUGGACUGGAUACAGUACAUCGAAUAGGGAAGAAGGGCGACGCUGCAAACAACAAGCUGCCAAGACCGAUCAUCAUUCAGUUUAGCAUGAGGACGGCGAAGGAUGAAGUGUGGAGGAAGUCCAGAGAGGCCAGGGUCUGCAAAGAACUACACAUAAACUUUAAAGAGGACUUUGUCAAAGAGGAUAGAGAAGCUCUGAUCAAGCUGUGGCUCAAGGUGCUGGAGGCUCGAACCAACGGCAGAAGAGCAUUCCUGAAAGACGGGUUUGCUAUAAUAGAUGGCAAAAGAAUCUACCCAUAAGGUACAUGCAGAAAUAAUUAAAGUGGAAUGGCAUAGGUAAAUCUGGAAGUAGAUAAAAACUUCUGGUUCCUAAUUUAAAAAAAAACGUUUUUUUUUACAAUGACAAUCUGAAUAUUGUAUUUACAAGUAGGACUUUAUGCUUACUCCUGCUACAAACAGUUCUUCAUUUUUCUAGAGAAUAAGAGUAGAAGGAAAAAGCUUAAUUUGUUCUUGUGUUGUUUUCUUGAUCUUUUUUACCUUUAAAUGCCUGUUCAACUAAGUUCUUUAAAUGUUCGAGGCUUAAAAAACAAAGUGAAACACAAGGCCAUUUUUUUAUUUUGCAAAGAAAUGAAGGCAAACAUUUUGUUUUUACAAGAGACACAUUCUAGUAGUGAUGAUGAAACUUUCUGGAAACAUGAAUGGGGAGAUGGUAUUCUUUUUUCACAUGGUGCUGCUCACUCUGCGGGAGUAAUGAUUUUAUUUAAUAAUUUUGCUGGCAACAAUAUUGAUCAUAAAAGAGAUGAAGAGGGACAUUGGCUCAUGGUAAUAGUAGAGUUUUGUGAACAAAAGCUCCUUAUCAAUGUAUAUGGGUACAAUAAUAGGUCUCUAAAUAGAAACAUGAUGACAAAUUUAAGUAAAUUAAACAGUGGAGAACUACAUCUAGCACUGAUAAGGUUAUAACAGGAGGUGAUUUCAAUUUGGCACCUAACUCAUGGCUGGAUAGGCAACCACCGAGAGGGAAACAACCAGAAUGUGACAGUAUUCUUUGUGAUUUUAGUAUGUCUACUGAUUUGCUUGAGUACUGGAGGAUGACUAACCCAAACAUGAAAAUAUAUACUUGGUUCAGUCCAACAAACAACAGAUUAUGCUCAAGAUUGGAUUAUUGGCUUGUCUCUCAAAAAAUAACUGCAUAUAUAACCAAAUGUGAAAACCAAACAACCCCACUUACGGAUCAUUGUUUAAUAAGUCUUUCAUUAGUUGUAAUUAAACAAGAAAAGCAGGUAAGCAUAUGGAAAUGUAAUAACAAUUUAUUAAAGAAUGAGGAAUUCUGUACCCAAGUUAAAAUAUUCAAUUAGAAAUUAAAGAUAUGGAGAUGUCGAACGUUAGUAAAUGGGAGUGGUUCAAAUUUAGUGUUAAACAAUUAGCUAUAGAAACCGGAAAGAAAAUAUCGGCUUUAAGCAUACGUAAAAAGAAAAAAAAAAAGAACAAAUCAAUUUAAUAAGCGGUAAGCUUGAUGUAACCACAGAAGAGGCAGAAAGCUUAAAAUCUUUACAAAAACAAUUAGAUGAUUUAGACCUGGAAAAGGCGAAAGGCGCAUAUGUGAGAUCCAAAGCAAAGUGGAUUGAGCAAGGGGGAAAAAAUUCAGCAUAUUUUUAUAGCCUAGAGAAAAGAAGACAAAGAUGAAAACAUAAUAGAAAACCCAACCCACAUGGCUAAAUAAAUUAACUUAUUCUAUGCAAAUCUAUACAAGCAAAAAGUUGCGAAAGAGAAUAGAUUUUUUUUACAUGAUUAAAGAACAGAUACAAAAAUUGAAUGAGGAAGAUAAAAAAAUGUUAGAAGAAGAUUUAGGUGAAAUAGAAAUUGCUCUGGAAGAAAUGAAAAAUGGUAAAUCGCCUGGAAUAGAUAGCCUAACUAUUGAAUUUUAUAGGAUGUUCUGGCAAGAUAUUAAAGAUAUGUUAUUUAAUGCUUUUGUGGAUUGUUUAAAAAAUGAGCAAUCAUCUCCAACAAUGAAAACAGGUCUAAUAACUUUACUGCCAAAACCAAACAAAAAUCUGUUUUUGUUAGAUAGCGGGAGACCCAUAACUCUUCUGAUUACAAGUUACUAGCCUUAGUAUAUGCAAACAGGAUCAGGGACAUCUUAGCAAAAUUAACUGAUGAAGGUCAGUCAGCGUUAAUUAAAGGUAGACAAAUUUAUAACAAUAUAAGACUAAUAUUAGACAUGAUUGAUAACCGAUCCUUUAUUAACACAGAAAGUUUAAUAUUAUUCAUUGAUUUUUUUUAAAGCAUUUGAUUCAAUAGGACAUGAUUUUUUAUUUAGAACUAUGGAACUUUUUUGUAUUUGGAAACAAAUUUUGCUAAAUAAUUAAAUUAUUUUAUAAUCAGAUUUAUAGUUACAUUUCUCUCAACCCAGGUAUUACCCUUAGAAUAGAUGUAUCCUUCGGAAUUAGGCAAGGCUGCCCACUUUCUCCAAAAUUAUGUAUUCUUUGCACGCAAAUGAUGGCUCACCUUAUUGUGAAUCAUCCGGACAUUGAAGGCAUAAACAUAUUUGAUACAGAAUUUAAGAUAAGUCAAUUUGCGGAUGACACAGGAAUUUUUUUGAAGGAUUAAUCAAUAUUGGAGAAAGCCCUAAAUGUGAUUUCAGUUUUUUCAAAGGCAUCUGGUUUGAACUUAAAUCUGAAGAAAUGUGAAGUUUUACCUCUCUAUGAUUGUUUGGAAACCAUUAUGAAGACAUUCCAGUGAAAGGAGAAGUUAAGUAUCUAGGAAUUUACUUAAACAAAUAUAUUAAAAUUAGAGAGACAAAAAAUGUGAAAGAUCAAAUUGAUAUGAUGUCUAAAAAACUGAAUCAUUGGUUAACAAGAGAUCUUACAAUUUUUGGACAGAAUUUGUUAUUUAAAUCAGAAGGUGUCUCAAAGAUGGUCUAUCAUUAUAUUCUUUAUAUAUUACCCUGCAGAUCUAUCAAAAAGAUUAAUUCAAUAAUAUAUUAUUUCAUUUGGUGCAAAAAAACACACUAUAUGAAAAAAUCACAACUGGUUAAAGACUACACUAAAGGAGGAAUUUAGACGAUUGAUUUCCCAUCUAUGGUAGGAGUUUUCAAAAUAAAUUGGCUAAAAGCUUAUCUUUUAAAACCUGACUCAUUAUGCUUCCAUAUCCCAAGGAAUAUAUUUAAAAAGGUGGGAGGGUUGGAGUUCCUCUUGAAAUGUGAUUUUGACAUAUCGAGGUUGCCUAUCAAGCUGUCAGAAUAUCACAAACAAAUAUUGUUUUACUGGAAGAUGGUGUUUAAUCAUAACUUCACUCCCCAUGGAUGGCUCCACCUUGUGGAAUAAUAGGACAAUUACAAUAAAUAGGAAAUCAUUAUUUAUAGAUAAGUGGUAUGAAAAAGGAAUUAUUUUUGUUACAGAUUUACUAGAUUCAAAGGUCAGUGUCUUGAAAUAAAGGCUUUUAAUGGAAAAUAUAAUAUCCAAUGUUCACUUAGAGAAUACAACAAAAUUUGUAAAGCGAUCCCUUUGCCCUUGUUGCAUUUUAUUCAAAAUCAUUUAAUGUAUGCCCAAAGUCAAAUAAGCUUGCCUUUGUUGCAGUUAAAACAGAUUCCUUUAAUGCAUAAAAAGUGUUAAAACAAAACUAUAAAUAAACUGUUUAACGAAAUUUCAUUUCAUGAAUUUAACAAAAACAUAAAACUAAAGGGAUGUAAUAAGAUAAAUCAAAAAUAUAUACACUUUUUCAAAUAGCCUAUCCCCCCAAAGAUUAAGGAAAUGCAAUUUAAAAUAAUAAAUGCAUAUUACCCAGCAGCUCAAAUGCAUAAGAAACGAUUCGGUUUUGAGGUGAAACCAUGUGGUUUUUGUUUACAAGAAGAAGAGUGUUGAACAUUUGUUUUUUUCUUGUUCUGUAACAUCUAACUUUUGGCUGGACAUUUAAACUGGAUGGGAAUAACAAUUAACAGAAAGAGUCCGCUGACAGUAACACAGGUUUUGUAUGAUGACAGUCAGAAGAAGUUGAAAUGCUGAGUGUUAUUGUUAUACUUGUUGGAAAAUACCAUCUUCACAAAUGUAAAUGACGUGAUGAAAAUCCUUCCAUAAACAUCCUAAAGGUUGAACUGAUAUCACUGUAUACAUCUUUAGCUCUUUUAAAAGACUCAUGCAAGUAUGCUGACCAGAUAUGUGAAAAUAUGAACCAGUACUUAUUCUUUUAAAGAAUGUGUCAAAACUUUGAUACCCAGAAAGCUUCUUUUUUUUCAUAGAAUAGAUUCACACUGCUUGAAAAUUUUUCCAAAUAAGUGAGAAUAUGGCCUAGAAAAUGUUGGUUUUUUUCUUUUCUUUGUGGCAGUUUUUUUUGUGUGAAAACUUUGUUUUGUUUUGUUGAAUUGUAAGAUAUAUUUUAGUUCUAAAUUCUGGUUUAACACAAGCGAUGUUGUACUGGGGCGACGGUGGCACAGGAGUUAAGUGCUCACCCCGUAAUCGGAAGGUUGCAGGUUCGAGUCCCGCUCAGUCUGUCACUGUUGUUGUGUCCUUGUGCAAGACACUUAACCCAGCUUGCCUGCUGGUGGUGGUCGGAGGGACCGGUGGCGCCAGUGCUCGGCAGCCUCGCCUCUGUCAGUGCGCCCCAGGGCAGCUGUGGCUACAUCGUAGCUCAUCCCCACCAGAGUGUGAAUGUGUGUGUGUGUGAAUGGGUGAAUGACUGAUUGUGUUGUAAAGCACCUUGGGGGGUUCCAGGACUCUAGAAGGCGCUAUAUCAAAUACAGGCCAUUUACCAUUUACUGUCGUUUCCCCGUGAGAGUUUGUAUGUAUGUAUGUAUAUGUAUAUGUCGAUGAUGUAAACUAAUUUUAAAAACUAACUGGUGUAACCACACCACGGAUAACAGGUGUUCCUAGACAAGACAUAUCUCCCUAGGAAUAACUUUUUAAUUCAAUUAGAGCCUUUUUGGUCAGAAAUUAAAUUUUAAAAAAGUUCAAGCAAACUUUGAUAAGUUACAUGAGUAUCUUGUGGACAAAUAUUGGUUUUAUGCUGGGUCGAAAUAACAAGUAUUGCAUUUUUCUUAUCUUUUUCUGUAAAUGGCCUGUGUUUGAUAUAGCGCCUAGAGUCCUAGAACCCCUAGGUACUUUACAACACAAUCAGUCAUUCACCCAUUCACACACACAUUUACAACUGAUGUGUAAGUAGAAUUAAACUUUUAAGGAUUAGCCACAAAUAUGUCCAGCAAAUCUGUUUUACUGUGUCAGUGCUAGUUAGUGUGUCUGUAUUUUAACACAAAUGUAAAACAGCCACCGACAAAGGUCUUAAAGAGAGUAGAACUCAAAAACUUAUUGUAGGGAUGUAGAUGCAAAAUGUUGUGAUAAAGAUUACAGUCAGCCUGGAAAGAAGAAUUAAAAAAGUACAGCAUUUGAGGGAGAUGGAGAUAUCUGAAAUGACUCAAAAAAGAAAAUGUUUAUAAAAAAUUUGGAAUAAUGAAAAAAAACAUCUCCGAUAACUUGCCAACUUUUACAAUUUGUGUAUUUUGUUAUGAAACACAAUACACACAGCCAUUCUUAUUUUAUUAUGUGAAGUCUUUAAAUAAGUAAAGAAGAAAAUUUGAAUGUUGCCAAUCCAAGUGAACUUAAAUACUUAUAACCAUUUAGGAAAAACAAACAAGGGGAAAGAGUUGCAUUGUGUUCUCUGGACUGAACAUAUUAUUUAGAUAAAAUAUGAAUAUGAAAAACAAACAAUAAAACAUCCAUUUAAAUUUUUUCUGAAAUAAAAUCUGCUUGUAAUCGCAUUUGCUUGAAAGGCUUCUAUUAAUUUUAGGAUGUUUGUCUUUCUACAAAAAUCUGAAAAUGUUUCACUUCUAAGACAAAUUGUAGCAAAGAUGGUUGUUAAUACAAAGUAUAUUUUAAAACCAGAGGAAAUAUUCACGCUGCUAGUUAUUUUUAUGUAGGCACAUUUUUUGCAGUGACAUUGGUGAUUUUCACCUUUUUUCCAAGUAUUGCUGAGAGCCACUAGAACCACUAGAGGGCGGCAUAGUACUUAGAAUCAAGAAGGCACCAGAUUAAACAAACGAAUAUGAAAGAAUAUAUGAGAUUCCGAACGAUUAUGAAUCUGUCAUUACGAUUGAAGAUUUGUUGCGGUCUCUUACUAACACAAAAACACAAACGAAUGAUGUAAAGUCGUCUUGAAAACACAUUUAAAUUUUCUGGGGUCUGAACAGUCUCUUUGAAAAGGAGCGAAACGGUAGCUGUCGGAAAGCGUCGUAAAGACCCUGUGCUCUGACAACGAUUUGGCGCCCCCUUCAGGUUUUCGGCGCAACGACCGUGUAGCAGUAGCCAGCCAACAAACGACCUGCUGGGUAAACAACGGUGGAUGCCUACGGAAGGCAGGAAUGGGAACUUCAUCGAGGACGAACAAUUUUAUGAAAUGUAGUGGAACGAAGUGAAGCGACUAACGUGAGUGUGCUUGGUGUUUGCCCUGCGAGGACAGACCUGCCACCAUGAAGAGUGAGGUGCCAUCUGAGGCCACUAGCAGACGGGAUCACCUGAAGGAGCCACUGGUAAACCCAGAGUCCAUGGAGGGAGCCAAGAACUUCCCUAACAACAUGGAGGUCCUCGGAAAGGCAGGCAGUGAUUUUGAAACCUUGUGUGAGUCCAGGCACCGGCCCUUGAGAGACACAGGGACCCACAGGGACUCAGAAAGGAGCCUGCCUGGACGUAGGAAAAGAAAAGGCCAGCAGGCCGGGCCGUCAGACUGCUCGCUAAAGGAGGACCACAUCAAUGAGGAUCCACUGGCACCUCAGCGUGCCAGAAUAGACCUUCUACAGCAUCCCAGUGAGGAUGAACAUAACGAGUCCUCUUUUAGUGACUGUGCUUCCUCUCCAUCAUCUAGCCUUCGAUUCGGGGACUCGGACACUCUGAGCUCAGAUGAUGAGGGAGAAGCUGGAGCAUCAGUAGGCCAGCAUAAGGCUCCUGCCCUUCCUACAGGGGGAGCCACUGAAGUUAGCCUGCGUCCUAGUUUGAGUCGAACUCGUGGUGGUCGCUCCCAUAAGUGGGUGCGGCCCGAGGCAGAGCCCGUGUUGCUGAAGCGGCAGUGUUUGAGCAGUCGGCGGCCUCUGCAGAGGAAACGCUUUGUGAAAACAGCUCCAGGAGGAGGUCCGCGGACUCAAAAGCAGAAGGAGCGAUUGCUGCUGCAGAGGAAGAAACGUGAAGUGAUCGCAAGUAGGAAGUAUGCCCUGCUCAACAGUAGUAGUAGUUCCAGUGAAGAGCUUAGCAGCGACUCAUCCUCCCCGUCUUCCACUGAGGUGGAAGAUGAGCUUUAUGUAGAUGUGAGCAGCACCAGCAGCCAGCCCAACAGUGCUACUGUAGCAACAGGUGCUCUAGAUGAGGACGUGGUGGUGAUCGAGGCAUCGCCAGCUCCAGCACCUGCUGUUCCUGCAAGUGAGGAGAUAAAUGUCACCUCAACUGACAGCGAGGUGGAGAUCGUCACAGUCGGCGAUGGAUUCAGGUCACGCUCUGUGGGGGGUAUUGGCAGGAUUUGGGCCAGUAGUUGCUCCCAAAAUCGUCUCCAGGAAUCUCGUGGACGUCACAGACUUUCCACGGUUAUCCAGCCACUGCGUCAGAACGCUGGGGAGGUGGUGGAUCUCACCGUGGAUGAGGAUGAUCUUUCAGUUGUGCCAACGACUUCUAGCAGCAUUCAGGCUCAGACUGUGAGGUCGUCGUCAUCAUCCUCCCAUCGUGCCUCUACCUCUGAGCUCAAUGAAGUCCCGGGCCCCUCUACUAGCUGUGCAGGUUUCGUACCUGAAAGUAUGCACACGCAGAGUGGUUCUGCUCGCACAGCUGCAGAGGACGACAGAAGGCCAGGAUUGUCGGGUACAGCCGGAGAAAACUCAGGCACAGCCAUGCCCAGACUUCCAUCUUGCUGUCAGCAGCACUCCCCCUGCGGAGGCCCCUCGCCUGCUCACCUGACCCUGAGCCACUCCCAUUCAAGCUGCCUGCAGGCAUCAUCCUCUCAGCCACCCAGUGGCCCUCAGCACACCCACAGCAACACUCACCACUUUGUCCACCACAUCCAUCACCCAGCUCCACAGCCCCCAGGUACUUUACCCUUUCAGGAGCCAAGUUGCCAUGUGGAGCGGCCCAGUGCUCUGCCCGCCCCCUGUGCUGGAGUCAGUGGCGGCACCAAUAGCAGCAGCAGCAAUGCAGCCCACUACCAUGACCAGCAAACCCUGCCAGUGGAUCUGAGCAACAGCAGCAUUCGAAGCAGUGGAACCAACGGGGCUAGUUUCCAUGGCAGCACGUCGGCCUUUGACCCCUGCUGCCCAGGCUCCACCUCACGGCCUCCUGCUUAUGUUUCACAUGCCACCCCCGGGCCCAGUCAGCCGGCUGUGGUGGACUCGUUUGGAUCCUCCAUGGUGGCACAGCCGCAAACACAACCUCAGCCCUGCAGACAUUACAUGCAUCCGCCUUACGGUUCCCUAACACGAUCGCUGCACCAUCAGCCCUCCUCCGCCUGCCCCCAUUCCCAUGGGAACCCCCAACUGACAGCUCAGCCUCCUCCACAGGGCGACAUUUUCGUUCCCCACAACUUUUCCCCACCCUUUCACACACCGCUGCCAUCACACCCUCCGGGGCACACCGUGCCCCCCGCCCCUCCCCCUCCCUUGUCCACCCACCACCUCUCCACUUCAAGUGCCCCGCUAGCGCAGCACCUCCCUACGGACCACCAGACCCUGUCGCACCACAUGCCAUCUCUGGCGCAGCGGCUCCAUCAACACGAGAUGCUGCAGAGGAUGGAGGUUCAGCGGCGGAGGAUGAUGCAGCACCCUACGCGAGCACACGAGCGUCCACCUCCACACCCUCACAGAAUGCACCCCAACUAUGGUCAUGGGCACCACAUACACGUGCCACAAACUAUGUCUUCCCAUCCGCGCCAGCCGGAGCAAAGAACAACAUGGGAGCUUGGCAUCGAGGCUAGUGUUCCCGUGGCACCGUACACUUCAGGGCACCUCCACCCCCACCUGCCCCACUAUCAUGCCCCCCCAAGACUGCACCACUUCCCCAUCUCCAUCAUGCACACUGGCAUUUCUGAAGUGACCUAUCCACACAUUAGGUACAUCUCAUCUAGAAUGACUGGCUUUGGAAGAACUUAUGAGGACCUGCUGCAUUUAGAAGAAAGACUGGGGACUGUGAACCGAGGAGCCUCUCAGGGAACCAUAGAGAGGUGCACCUACCCACACAAGUACAAAAAGAAGGUGUUGGAGAGAGACAUUGACCAACAGUUAACCCCUGAAGCUUGGGCUCCUAUUGGGAAAAAUAUGCACGCAACCCCAGAAUCGAGGAAGCUGCACGGGAAGCAGGACGAAGACGAGGGGGCGGAUGAAGACACAGAAGAAAAAUGCACCAUCUGUCUGUCGAUACUGGAGGAGGGGGAGGACGUCAGACGCCUACCGUGUAUGCACCUCUUCCAUCAGCUGUGUGUGGAUCAGUGGCUGCUCACCAAUAAGAAGUGCCCCAUCUGCAGAGUGGACAUUGAGGCGCAGCUGUCUGCCGAGAGUUGAUGCUGUUUUCUUUUUUUAUUCUUAUUUUCCCCCGAACAACGGUGUAGUUUGUUCAAAUGUUUUUUUUUUUUCAAAUCAUAUUAAGUUUCACUUCAGUACUGCAGUCAACCAAAGAUGGCAUGAUUUACCUGCGCAGCUCUACUACCAGAAAACUGUAAAAAAGAAUUUAAAAGAGGUUAAAAUUUAAAACAAGCAUUGAGCCUAGAGUGCCAGCUCUCUCAUAUUACAACAGCUAGAUUUUUCCAUUAAGGAUUUGAGAUUUUAUUGUAUUUAUAAAAGCUUUUAAUGUAGCUUUUGAUUGUUUCCUAAAGUGUCAUUUCUGUUUUUGUUUUUCUGCAUGUUUCCUUGCAAUGCAUUUCUUUGCACAUAUGACUUGGGCUUAAAAGCGGCCCAACAAGUUGCCGGUUGAGGGGAGCUGCUCUAGUGAGGAUGCAUUUCUGUAAACCUAAUGCCUUGCUUUACUAGAAUAGAAUGUCAACCUCCAGGUGUUUUUGUUUCACAAACAAAAAGCAAAACAUUGCAGGAUUCAUUUUACCAAGCAUUGUAUUGAUUAGUUUAUGUUUAGCAGAUGUUGUUAGUGGAAGAUGUUCCUACGUAAAACAAGACAUUCCUAACUAGGGAAAUAUGUUAACAGAUCAGCUGCUGUAUUAGUGCACACCCAGUAUUUCUAGAGUGGAAAGUAAGCUCCAUUGUUCACUUCUCCCAGAAUAUGCACAUGCUUUGCUCCUGCUCCUUCUUUUUUUAUUACAACAUCGUUCUCGCCACCUUCUCAUGUCUUUUAGGGAGCAAGAAAAAUAAAAAAAGAAUGUCGCGUUCCUCUCUUGAUGGUUCUUUCGAACCUGAGCGAUUGUCGGGAACUGCUGAGUCUUCUGUCUCCUGGUGGAGAAUGCAGCGCUUGAGCUGAUCUCAGGCCUGUGUGUGCUUAAGAGAAUUCAGUUGAGCUUGCAAACUGGUGAUCAUGUUUUUCAUUUGAAACAGUAGUGUGGCUUUAGUUUAUUCAUCUCCUCUCGUUGUGUGUGUGUGCUCAGAGGGGAAUACACAGCUCAAGUGGAGAUAAAUAUUUAUCGUUUGUUCUCACUUCUCAAACCAGUUCAUCCCCCGUUCCCUUUUGUCUCUGUAGUUGAGCAGCAGCCUUCAUCUUUGAUGCUGUGGAAAGAAAAACACUAUUGACUUACUCACUUGCAUAGACUUGCACAAGAGAGGAAACGGUAGGAGAAUAGUAAGACCGUGCGCUGAGGCCAUGUAUUUCCACUCUUGAUGAUGAUUUAAAAGAAAAAAGAAGACAAAAAUAUUUUGAAUUGAGUGUUGAAAUGCAGUACUUAAAGCAGGUAUCCAUGCAUUCAUCGACUUAAAGGCACCAGGAUCAUAUUAUGUGGGAUUUAUAUUAGUUUUGAAAAUAAUAUUAAUAAACUUGGAUAACUCUUGAGUCUUUUCUAUUGUAACUAUCCAAUCAACAUCCAAGUUCAAUUUGUUUAUUUGUUUAUUUCUCUUUAAAACAUUAAAGCAGCAAGAAUACGGUUGUAAACAUGUUGGAAGGGCCAUAAUUAUUUUUAUUUAUCUAUUAAAGGCUUACCCAUCUGGGACAAAAACGA